CACAGGAAAUGCACAGCAACGCAACUAAGGACUCAGGGAAAACACACAGCAGGCACCAAACUGGAUGACUGAUAGACCCUGAAACUCCAGGACAGAGCAGGACACCUUCCAAAUCUGGUCCACCCUGUGAGAUACUGAGAUAAACAUCAGAGAUGGAGAGUGUUGCGUCCGUGCAGGAUCUGCAGGCGCUGUCUGCUCUGCUCUCCCCACAGGACGAGGAUGAGGAGCAAGAUCUCCAGAAACUGAAGCCUAUGGCGAGAAUGGGCCCAGGACACAUCGGUGCUCCUUCUGCACCUACGGGGGAAAACAACAAAGAGGGUAGCACUGCCUAUAUGAAGAAGAACAGCAAAGAUAUCUGGGAUGAGGGGGAAGUGACUGAGGGGGCGCACUUUAUUGACAUCACAGACCCAAGGCCCCAGCCAGAGUACGAGAUUGUGUUGAAACAGUCUGUUAGGACUGAAGACUUGUUUCUUGGCUUGAGCAGAAAGGACCCCUCAUCCAUGUGCUGUGAUAGCAUGCUGGUGAGAGUUAAACUACCAGGUACAAGAGCUUCCGAUUUAGUGUUGGAUGUGAGAGAAACAUUUCUUGAUCUCAGAACUCCAAACUAUAAGUUAGGUCUUCACCUGCCUCAUCCAGUCCACAAACAGGAAGGAAAUGCCAGAUUCAUCACAGAAAGGGAAGAACUGGAGAUUACACUGCCCAUGAACAGACCAAUGGACUGCAUCAACCUGGCCUGAGAGAGAGACAAUGAGAGAGAAUGAACCAUGAGCUGCAUCAGCUUAGACCUGCAAAGGGACUAAAAAUGCAUUAGCAAUUUCUAGGACUGUAGCUGCAGUCUUACAUUUGAUAGACAGUUUUUAAAUCUAACCUUGUAAAUGGCCUCUGAUUAAAGUACCUCAUUAAUCAUCAAUUGUAUUAGCUCAGAACCAGGAAAUAAAGUUGCAUUGAAAUUUUUCCGCGAAUUCAGCUAACAAAGGAGUGAGAUGGAAAAGAGGAACUGGUGCCUUUGUAAGAAGUCCCUAUAAAUGUUGUCCUGUUUUUUACUAUUACAAAACUGUUUUAUUUCUCCUGUAAUGCUUAGCAUAAAAAAUUGUUAAUCCUUUCUAUUCGUGAUGUUUGUAGUGAUUUUUCCAAUAGCAUAUUUUAAAGCAAACUGUGUACAAAUGACAAAGUGUCUCAGCAUUGGCUUAUCUGGUAGAGAUUAAAGAUAAAAAAGAACACAAUUUAUUUAUUUAUUUUUGGAAAUUUCUAAAACCUUAACUGCAGUGAUAAAGUCCUCCUUUAACUCUUUAAUGCAUGAGUGUUUCACCAAACAUCACAAGACACACUCAGGUCUUUAGAGGCCCAGCACUUAUAUCUAUCACAAAUGGAUCUACAAAAUGCCCAGAUAGUGUAAAAUUUGUAAAA